UCAUAAAACACCUGUCGACAGAAACACCCCCGUGCAGCACGAUUCGUGAGCAAGCUACGACCGAAAUUUCAAGACUAAAAAGCAAGCAGAUUAAAGAGGGGUACUCUAUGAACAAAAUGGCGACCAUCAGAAAGAAGUUGGUGAUUGUAGGGGACGGGGCCUGCGGAAAGACGUGUCUUCUCAUCGUCUUCAGUAAGGACCACUUUCCGGAAGUCUACGUGCCCACCGUUUUCGAGAACUACGUGGCGGACAUAGAGGUGGACGGCAAAUGUGUUGAGCUAGCAUUAUGGGAUACCGCAGGCCAGGAAGACUACGAUCGACUCCGACCCCUGUCAUAUCCCGACACAGAUGUCAUUCUAAUGUGUUUCUCCAUCGAUAACCCCGACAGUUUAGAAAACAUCUCAGAGAAAUGGACACCAGAGGUCCGGCAUUUCUGCCCCAACGUUCCCGUCAUCCUAGUGGGCAACAAGAAGGACCUGCGCAACGACGAGGCCACGCGGCACGAGCUGGCCCGCAACAAGCAGGAGCCCGUCAAGACGGAGGAAGGCCGGCAGAUGAAGGACAAGAUCAACGCCUGCGCGUACCUGGAGUGCUCCGCUAAGACCAUGGACGGCGUGCGGGAGGUCUUCGACACAGCAACACGAGCCGCGCUCAUGACCAAGAAGCAAAGGCGACGAAGGUGUAGGAUCUUUUGAAAGUCGUCGCGCGCCUGAGGUAUUCCCUUCCAUGGACUCUGUAUGUAUGAAACAUCACGGUGAAAUUUGAUCAUGUGUGCUUCCAGGAAUUACAUGCGCUUGUACAAGUGUGGGUUCCUUACGUGUCCUUCCUGUAUGUUCAUGAGAAUCGGAACAGCGCCACCUGUUGUUCCUCAAUGGAGUCCAUUAGCUAGUCUAGUUCCCUGACCUCAUUGUCCUUUGGGCUUCAAAAAUGGGGACAGGUAACUAUCAGUUAACUAUAUGCAUGACGUGCGUAGGUGUGAAAGCCUUGUGAAUUCUAACAACAGUAAUGUUAAAAAAAAAGCAAUAGGCCUGGCCACGAAUGUGCAGUUUCGGAGGUAAUGAGCUUCGAUUUUUGCUGCAUUUGAAAUUAUCCUCUACUAGCCAUAUUUAAUAGAAAGUUAGGCAAAAUCUUAAUUUUUGAAACUUGCGAAGAAAAAUGAAAGCAACUUAAUUUAUAAUAAAUUCC